AUGAUACUAAUCUUAUUAUUAACACCAUCAACAGCACAAAAUAAAAAUAGAUAUCAUUCCUUGAAAAAAUUAUAUUCAUGGACAAUAACAAAAAAUACAACAAUAAAUGAAAAUAAUGAACAUGAACAAGAAUUAACAAUGAAAUGUUUGUAUCAUUAUUUACAUUCAUUAAAAAUACAAGCAAUUGAUUUAUCUGAUAAAGUAUUAAUACAAUUAUAUGACGAAAAUAAAAUUCAUGAUGGUGAUAAUAUUGAAAAACGUCUAAAAAGAUUAUGUGAAUUUCUCAAUCAAAUAUUCGAUAAAGAUAAACGAUUAUUUAAAAAUUUAUUAUCAACAGCAAAUAAUGAAAAUCAACAAUAUUUGGUUAAAUUAUCGAAAAAGAUAUUAAAUCAUAACGAUACGGAUACAAAGAAAAUAGAAAAUGAUUUCGAUAUGGAAACAUGUUGUAUUCUAUUAACAACUGAAGACGAUAUAAAAUUAUUUUAUUCACGUAUUUGUACAUUUACAAAUUUAAUAUUUGUUGUUAUUGAUAUAGAUAAAAUACAUCAUCGUCUACGUAAAUUAAUAUUAAAUGAACAAGAUCAGUUAAGUAAAUUACAAACACAACAUGCAACAGUAUACUAUUUUUCAAGAGAAUUAACACUUAGAAAGAUCUCAACAUUAAUAAAAUUUGAUGAUAAUCAAACUGUUGAAGUACCAAUAUCCAAUAGAAAUAUAACAAUUACAGAAUUAUUAACAAAAUUUUCUAUGACAACAACAGCAACAAGUAAUGAAUAUAAAUAUUUGGCAACGAUGAAUACACAUCAAAUAAUUGAAAAUAAUCAAGAAAUUGUUUCGAAUUUAUGUGAAACAAAACUUUUACUUGUUAAAGAUGAAACAUGUUUAGUUUCAGUUGAAAAAUUAAGUAAAAAUUGUAAAAACAAAAAAAAUUAUAAACGUUUUUUAAUGAAUUCAACAAUAUCAGAUGUCUAUAAACAAUGUCAAAUUUCAAAUUUCAAAUGCAUUCAAUUUAAUUGUUCACACUCAAUCACAUGUGAACGUUUAUGUCAAAUAAGUUGUCUAUUAUUUAAAGAAAAUGUGGAAUUUUAUGCAUUAGAAUAUGAUGGAUCGGAAAUGGACGCCAC